AUGCAACUCUCCCUCCUCCUCACCACCCUCGCCGCAACCCUCAUCUCCGCAGGCCCAAUCCCCCAACCAAUCCCCCUCCCCGACGCCGAAACAGUCGCCCUCAUAACCCGCUCCCUCGAAGCCCGCGCGGAAACAGCGCAACAAAAUCAACAGCUCGCCCAAGCCCAAGCCCUCGCCCAAGCACACGCGCUCGCCCAGCUCCGCCAAAACCAGCAAUGGGGCCGCGGCGGCGGCGGAUACCCCGGCCGGUUCCACCAGGCUGGGGGCGGGUUUGAUUUGAAUGUUUUGGGGCUUUUGGAUUUGAGUGCCGGGGGUGGGAGGACGGAUUAUUGUACUUGGCCUUAUUGUUAG